AUGAAAGAGAGCGAGGACGGCGGCCGCCGCCGCCGCAGGCCCCAAACCCAGGCGAGUGACGAGGCCGUCGGAGUGACCCGCCGCCAUCCCCAGCUUCACGCGAGCGAGGAGGUUGCCGGAGUGGCUCGCCGCCGCUCCCGUUCCCAGAUCCGCGCGACUAGCGAGGGCGCUGAAGUGAUCUGCCGCCGCGGAGUCUUCCCGCCGGCGCUGGCGUCGCCGAUCGAAGACGACGGCCUCCUGAGGGAGAUCCUCCUUCGUCUCCCGCCGCAGCCCUCCUUGCUCGUCCGGGCCUCCGCGGUCUGCAAGCAGUGGCGGUGCGCGGCCACCGACCCCAAGUUCCUCCGCCGCUUCCGCCUCCACCACCGGAAGCCGCCCCUCCUCGGCCUCUUCCACCGCCGCAAGGAUGAUAUCGUCUUCACCCCCGUCAUGGACCGUCCCGACCGAAUCCCUCCAAGUCGUUUCGACCUGCAUCUCCUGGACACCGACAGCCACAACAUGUGGAUGGUGGAACUGCUUGAUUGCCGCCACGGCCGCGUCCUUCUCAUGGACACACUAUGGGAUGAGGUCAUCAUGUGCGAACCUAUCACCGGCGAGCAGCACCGCUUGACCGUUCCGGCAGAGUUCGUAAGGAACCGGUUCACCGGGGCUGUGCUCUGUGCUGCCAUCGACCAUGACCACGUGCACGGAAGCUGCCACUUGAGCCCAUUCAAUGUGGUGUUGAUCUCCGUUUUCGGAGGGAAUAAUCAACCUAUCGCCUGUGUUUACUCCUCGGAGAUUGGUGAAUGGGGUGAUAUCAUUCCAUCAACCGUUUCAUUUGAGCUUUCUUACGAACAUACCCCUGGGUUGCUUGUUGGUAAUGCCCUUUACUGGUUGUUGGAUUCUAUAGGCAAUGAUAUACUUAAGUUUGAUUUGGAUGAGCAGAGCCUAGCUGUGAUUAGGGGGCCUCCUCUUACAAAUGAUUUUCGCCAUGGUAGUCAUUGCAUCAUCCAGGCUGGGGAUGGCGUGAUUGGGUUCGCCAUAUUGUCUUACCCUCACUUACAAAUGUGGCAGAGGAAUAUCAAUUUUCACGGUGUUGCCACAUGGGUGCUAUGGAAAACAAUUGAUAUGCGUAUGAUUAUUGGGCUCCCUAAACAGAUUCAAGGAAAGAGGGCAGUUGUGAGACGUAUAUUGGGAUCCCUUGAGGAUAGUGAUGAAAUACUUCUAUCUGUGGGCCGUGGUGCCUAUAAGGUUCAACUUAAGUCGAUGAAGCCUAAAAAACUUUGUGAAAACGGUUAUUUAACUCGCUAUCAUUCUUUCACCAGUUUCUAUCCUCCAGGCACAUCUAUUGCUGGUGGAUUUGAUGGAGCUGACAUGAUGCAUGAUUCACAAGGUGAUAGUUUGGUUUGA